CUGAGGUUCUAAAGUUUCAGUGGUAAAAAUAUUAGUAGCAGCAAUCCAGCAACCAUUUAUGGAACAUUUACUAGUUGUCAAGCACAUUAUAUCUAUUAAAUAUAUGUACAUAUACCUGUGUAUAUGUGUAUGGUAUGGAAACUGAAGCUGAGAGAGGUCAAUUACCUUGCCUGAGGCCACAUAAGUCACAGAGCUCAGAAGCAGUAGAGUGGGGAUUUGAAUGAGUCUAAGUUAGCCUGGCCUAAAGCUUGUGCUGUACACCUGUAUCUGACAGCAAGGGACAGAAGAGCAGGAAGAGUUCAAAGUAUCAGGAUCUUCAGGUGAGAUGCACUGUUGGCAUUGAAGUUCAGAUACUGGAAAGUUGGGAAUAAGAGAUGCUUUAGACUGAGAAUAUGAAUUUUGGUUGAGAUAAAGGUGAUAGUAAAACAUUUAGAUGAAGGAUCCUGUGGACAAUUGGCAACACUGGACCAGCACAUGAAUGAUGAGACAAUAGGGGGAUAUUGAAUUGUUGGUUGUUCCUGUAGAGGUAACUGUUGAAGCCAUGCAACAAAUUUAUUAUCCUCGGAAGUAAACCUCAGAUUGAAAGACAUAGGUCUGAACCCUGGGUUCCACAGAAGAAUCCAGAAACAGGGCAAUUGGAGUGGUGAGUGGAACCCUGGAAAACACAGUGUCACAAUAGUCCAGGAGAGAAGAUUCCAGAAGAAAAGAAUAGUUAAUAUUAGAUCAUUCCUGGCCUCACAGGCGACUCCAUUCCCAGUCCCUUAUAGGGCCUCCAGCCUCACAGAGCAUGUGUGGAGUGACGGCCUGAGCACCUGGGCUGGGUCCUGCUGGGAUCAUAGCUUAACAGCCAGCUGAGAAAGCGAGUUGGCAGUGGAGAAGAUGGGGAAAGAGGGAAGACCCAGAGCCUGACCUGUGAUGGCAGGUGGAUGGGGUGUGGCUUCUGAAGAUCAGAGGAAGAGACCUGACUUGCUGUGUCUGAGAUGCUCACAUAUAUUCUGAGCUUCCUGACUCUGUCAGAUCAGAAAGAGGCCUCCCUCGUGAGUCGGGCUUGGUACUGUGCAGCCCAGAAUGCUCUUCGGGAGACCAAUGUGCAGUACAACAUCCCUGUGUCCUCUGCCUCCCUCCCGGCCAUCAAGAGCCUGGGCCUCAGGGGCGUCACCUGCGUCAGCCUGACCAACCUGGAUGACUCACCAGCUUCGCAUGAGGUGCUGGAGUGUGUUGCCUACCACUUGGGCCCGCAUCUGCAGAGCUUGUGCCUCAGUGGGGGCAGCCCCUCGGAGGCCGCCUUUGUGGCCCUGAUCCUAGGCUGCCCAGCCCUGCGUAUCCUUGACCUCAGUGGCUGCAACAGCCUCUUCACAUCGGGCAUGCUACUAGCUCAGCCCGAGACGGCACAGCGUGUCCAGCAGGUGUUGAGUGGCCUCUGUGAGCUCAACUUGGCUGGCCUGUGGGACCUGACCGACCUCAGCUUCAACCGGCUCAGCAGCUGUGCCCCCAGCUUGGAGCGCCUCUCCUUGGCCUACUGUCACCUCACCUUUGAAUUAGGCCCAGCCUGGGGCUCCCUUGGCCCCCAAGACUCCUCCCCCUCCCAACUCUCCUUCCACAACCUGCUGCGGUUCGUGAAGGAAAGGGCUAGUAGGCUGCAUGCCCUGGACCUGAGUGGCACUGGCUUGCUCCCUGAGGCCCUGCAGGCCCUGGGUCAGGUGGCCGGGCUGCAGCUGCAGGAACUGAGCCUGCAUGGCUGCCAGGACCUCUCCACAGAGGCUGUGGCUGCCCUUUGCUGCCUGCAAUCGGGCCUGAUCUCCCUGGACCUCGGCGGCUGCUCAGGACUGGCUGACGGGGCACUCGUGGCCAUAAGCCGGGGCCUGGGACACUUGCAGCGCCUCAGCCUGAGGAAGUUGCAGCGGCUGACAGACGCAGGAUGUACGGCCCUGGGGGGCCUGCAGGAGCUGCAGAGCUUGGACCUGGCAGAGUGCUGCCUGGUGAGUGGGUGGGGCCUGGCUCAGGCCCUGGGUUCAGGGCACAGAGCUCCAGCCCCACUGGCCUCCCUCAGCCUGGCCUACUGCGCCUCACUCAAGGAUGCCUCAGUGCUCUCCCUGAUCUCAGUGCUGAGCCCAAGCCUCAGGGUGCUAGACUUAUCUUCCUGUGUGGCCCUCACCAACAGGACCCUGCAGGCCAUCUGUGCCUACCUAACCCACCUCUCAGUCCUGCGCCUGGCCUGGUGCAAGGAGCUCCGAGACUGGGGACUUCUGGGGCUGGGGGAACCAAAUGAAGAGCCUACACAGGAGCCCCAGGACCAUUUGAGGGCCAAACUCAGGAGGAACCUGAGAAGCAGGAGCCUCUUCCCACAGCUACAUCAAGAGUUGGAGCAUCAGGCCUCAGGCCCCAAGGAGCCUCCCCAGCCACAGGGCCCUUCCCUACUCAUGCUGCGGGCCUUGCAGGAGUUGGACCUCACAGCCUGCAGCAAGCUAACUGAUGCCAGUUUGGCCAAGGUGCUCCGGUUCCCCCAGCUGAGGCAACUGUCACUGAGCCUGUUGCCAGCACUCACAGACAAGGGUUUGGUGGCUGUGGCCAAGGGCUGCCCCAGCCUGGAGGACUUGGUGCUGAGUCACUGCAGCCUCCUCAGCGAUGAGGGCUGGGCCCAGGCAGCCAGCUCCUGGCCGAGGCUGCGGCACCUCAACCUAUCCAGCUGCAGUCAGCUCACAGAGCAAACUCUGGAUACCAUUGGGCAGGCGUGCAAGCAGCUCCGGAUGUUAGAUGUGUCCAUGUGCCCUGGUAUCAGCAUGGCUGCCAUCAGGCACUUCCAAGCCCAACUGCCCCAGGUGGCCUGCAUCCAGUCCCGCUUCGUGGGAGGGGCUGACCUGACCUUGACGCUCUAGGGCCAGGUCAGUAACCAACCCUUUGGCUCAGCCUCCAUUGCCCUGAGUCCCCAGCCCUGGCCUCUUGACCUGGAGUUUGACCGAGUGCCUCCUACCCUCCUACCCUCCUCUGCCGCAUACCCCAAGCUACAAACUCCUUUUCUAGGACUGGGGAUAGAACUAAUCCAGGGCAGCACAAGGGGUUUCCUGCUCCAGUCUGCCCUACAGCCCAGCAAGCGCCUCUUCCAGCUAUAGGCUGCUGCCACAGGCCCAUAGAAAUGCCAGCUCCUGCUCUCCUGACCAGGCCUAGGUCCGGAGGCCAGGCCCACAGGUGGGAUGCAUCUGAUGUUGGGGAGGAGCCGACCUUGUGCUGCUUGCCCUGCCCACUUCUCACACCUAAGGCCUAUGCCUCACCUUGUUCCCUAUAAGGAGCUCUCCCAGCCCUUACCAGCACGGAGUUUUAGCAGCCAAGCCACAGACUUUGUUGUAAACUCAAACAAGAUUAAAAAUUCCAGAUCUUA